AUGAGUAGCAUCAAGACCACACCGAAAAGGGCCCCCUCAACAGCCUCUUCAACCGUUAGCAUGAGAGCCAGCUAUAAGAAGGGCACACCCAGAACAGGGGCUUCAACUGUUGGCCUGGGUUCAAUGCCCCCUUCCACUAUUGGUCCCUCAACCAUUGGUCCUUCCAGGAUUGGAGAGUCUUCCAUUGGAGAGUCUUCUAUUGGUGACUUCUCCUCUUUUGGCUUUGGUCCUUCUUCUUUUAGUCAGCCUUCCUCUAUUGGUCCUUCUACUAUUGGUGAAUCCUCGAUUGGGGAAUCUUCCAUUGGAGAGUCCUCAAUUGGCGAGUCCUCAAUUGGCGAGUCUUCUAUUGGGGAAUCUUCUAUUGGAGAAUCUUCCAUUGGGGAGACUUGUAUUGGGGAAUCAAAAAUGGAUGAGUCGCGCCCGUCUACGACUAGGAUUCUUUCUUUGAAUGAAGAGCCAAGGAAAAGAUAA